ACCAGCACCAGCAACAGCAGCAGCCGGAUGCGCGGCUAACGACACAGCGCAACUUACAAGAUGAAUCGGUUAUAAAGUGGCGGAUCCAGUCGCAGACACCACUGAGCAAUAUCGGCAAGGUCUACAGCGACCUAUCAAAGGACAAGCUCACAGGCUUUGUUGUUCUGACUGCAAUGGCUGGCUACGCGAUAGCGCCGGGCGCUGCACAAGUAGGCACACUGCUGUGGACGACACUGGGCACCACGUUGUGUGCGGCUAGCGCCAACAGCUUCAACCAGUGGAUUGAAGUGCCAUAUGAUGCGCAGAUGAGCCGGACGCGCAACCGGCCGCUGGCUCGGCACGCGCUCGCGCCCCUGCACGCCCUGGCCUUUGCUGUAUCCUCGGGGGUAGGCGGCGUCACUGCCUUGUGGUUUUUUGUCAAUCCAUUGACAGCGUCGCUCGGCCUGGCCAAUAUAAUUUUGUACGCCGGUGUGUACACAGCGAUGAAGCGCAUGACGAUAGUAAAUACAUGGGUCGGGUCCCUGGUCGGCGCCAUUCCGCCGCUUAUGGGAUGGGCUGCAGCUACCGGGUCUCUAGGUCCUGGCGCGUGGGUUCUUGGCGGCAUUAUGUUUGCCUGGCAGUUCCCGCACUUCAACUCGUUGGCGUAUACACUGCGCGCAGAUUAUUCGAAGGCCGGAUACCGGAUGAUGUCCGUCACUCACCCGCGAUUGAAUGCUCGCGUGUCCCUACGGUACUCACUGCUUAUGUUCCCACUUUGCGCCAUGUUGCCUGCAUUGGGAUUGACUGAUAUGUGGUUUUUACUGGAUUCAUCGGCGAUUAACGCGUUUAUGGCGUACUGUGCUUAUGAAUUUUGGCGCCAACCGGACGCGAAAAAAUCGCGUCGCUUGUUUUUCAGCAGCUUGGCUCAUUUGCCUGUUUUGCUCAUACUCAUUAUGUUGCACAAGUUUAUCCAGGACCGCAAGAAUGGCAAAACAGAAUGAAAUUAAUUUUUUCAUGUGAGAAAUAAAACUACUAAAUAUUGUUUUCUUUAAAAUUAUUAUUAUUUC